AUGGCGGCGUGGGACGGGGCUUGGGGGCAGCUGCGCUACUCGGUUCCCGAGGAGCUGCCCAAGGGCUCGUUCGUGGGCGACGUCACCAAGGACCUAGGGCUUGAGAUGCCCGCGAUCAGCGAGCGCGGCGUCCGCCUCUUGGACAGAGGUAGAACGCAGUAUUUCGCGCUGCACAGGAAGACGGGACAACUGAUGACGGCGGAGAGGAUAGACAGAGAGCAGCUGUGUGAGAGUGAGCGACAAUGCGUGCUACGAUGUGAGGUGAUCGUGGAGGGAAAAAUGCAGGUCUACAAAAUCGAAGUGGAGAUCACGGAUGUAAAUGACAACGCACCCAGCUUCAAUGACAUGGAGCUGGAAGAGAGGAUAAGCGAAUCGACACCCCCGGGGUCACGAUUUCCCUUGCCUGAGGCUCAAGACCCGGACACGGGCCCGAAUUCCCUGCAGCGCUACGAGCUGAGCGGCGAUGAGCACUUCUCGCUGGCCGUGCAGGCGGGCCCCGGAGGGGAUCAGCGUCCCGAGCUGGUGCUGGAGAAGGCGCUGGACCGGGAAGAGACGGCGUUUUACGAGCUGGUGCUGAGGGCGAGCGACGGCGGAGAGCCUGCGCAAACGGGCACGGCGCGGAUCUGCGUGACAGUGCUUGACUCCAACGACAACGCGCCCGUGUUCAGCCAGGCGGAGUACACGGUGCGUGCGGCCGAGGACGUUCCCGUGGGUUCCCUCCUCGUCACCCUCACGGCCUCCGACGCCGAUGAGGGUCUGAACGGGCACGUGAAAUACUCAUUGAAGAAAAUCAAAGAGAAAGCCUCGCGUAUUUUUGAGCUUGACGCUGAAACGGGAGCGCUCACAUUAGCGCGAAAUUUGGAUUUCGAGGAAGGCGACUUCUACGAAAUGCAAGUACAGGCAAGGGACGGCGGGGGCCUUUCUGACACGACGAAAGUAGCAAUCACUGUGACAGACGUCAACGAUAACGCGCCCGAACUAUCGCUGUCGUCAGCUUUAAGGGAUAUCUCUGAGGACGCGGUGCCGGGAACGGUAGUGGCCCUGCUGCAUGUGCACGACCGGGACUCGGGAGCGAACGGCCAGGUGAGGUGCAGCAUCACCGAUGGCCUCCCGUUCCGCCUGGAGAAACCCUUUGAGGAUUAUUACCGCAUAGUGACGGCGGAGGGGCUGGACCGCGAGAAGGUGUCGAAGUACAACGUGACCGUGCGGGCGGUGGACGGCGGGUCUCCGGCGCUGCAGAGCAGCGCGGUGUUGGCACUGCGGGUGCUGGACGUGAACGACAACGCGCCGGUGUUCGCGGAGCCGCGCUACAGCGCCCGGCUGGCAGAGAACAACGCGGCGGGAGCGCUGGUGCUGACGGUGCGGGCUUCGGACGAGGACUGGGGGCAGAACGCGCGCGUGCGGUACCGGCUGUCGGAGGGGCGGGUGAGGGGCGCGCCGCUCUCGUCCUACGUGUCGGUGCAGGCGGAGACGGGCGCGCUGUACGCGCUGCGCUCGUUCGACUACGAGGAGGUGCGCGAGGUGCGGCUGUGGGUGUGGGCGGAGGACGGCGGCUUGCCGGCGCUGAGCAGCAACGCGUCGGUGGUGCUGGAGAUCGUGGACGAGAACGACAACGCGCCGCAGGUGCUGUACCCGCCGGCGGCGGCGCCUUCGGCGGCGGUGUCGGGCUGGGCGGGCGUGGAGCUGGCGCCGCGGUCGGCGGAGCCCGGGGCGCUGGUGGCCAAGGUGGUGGCGGUGGACGCGGACGCGGGGCAGAACGCGUGGCUGUCGUACGAGCUGGCCAAGGCGACGGAGCCGGGGCUGUUCCGCGUGGGGCUGCACAGCGGCGAGGUGCGCACGGCGCGCUUCCCGCUGGCCCGCGACGCGGCGCGCCAGAGCCUGGUGGUGGUGGUGAAGGACCACGGGCGGCCGGCGCUGUCGGCCACGGCCACGCUCACGGUGGUGCUGGCCGAGAGCGUGGCCGAGCUGCUCUCGGAGCUGGGCAGCGCGGCGGCGGCGGUGCCGGGCGAGACGGCCGCCAGCCUCACGCGCUGGCUGGUGCUGGCCGUGGCGGCCGUGUCCUGCCUCUUCCUCGCCUUCCUGCUGCUGCUGCUGGCGUUCCGCCUGCGGCACUGGCGCCGCUCGCAGCUGCUGGCGACGUCGGGCAGCGCCUCCUUGCGCCGCGUCCCGGCCUCGCAGUUUGUGGGCAUCGACGGCGUCCGCGCCUUCCUGCACUCCUACUCGCACGAGGUGUCUCUCACCGCUGACUCUCGCAAGAGCCAUCUCCGCUUGUCCUCAGGCAGCUGCUGCGACACCCUCCCGGCCCGUCCGCCUCCCGACGAGCCCGCGCCGCUGCUCGGGGAGGACGUUGCGGACUCCCGCUGCUCUGACCUCGCCGCUCCCACGGUGAGUUUCUCACAGGAGCCUUUCUCCGUGCCUCUUCCCCAUGUUGCCUCUGCCCUCUGA